AUGAAUAAAGAAAAGGAUAACCAAGAACUAUUAAUAGGAAAAGAUUGGGAAGGAAAUCAAAUUCAUAUUCAUCAUGAUGAUAUUCAUAAGGCAGAAUAUCUUGAUGUUUAAGCUAUGUUAAAUGAUACACUAGAUAAAUUAGAUAAAAUAGAGAAGAUAGAAAUAUUUAUGACAUUCCUCAAUUUUACAACAAAAGCCUUAUCUCUCUAUUUAGUUCUAAUUUAUUAUGAUACAGUCUUUAAAUUUGAUUCUCUAUUGUUAUUCAGUUAUCUCUUAUAUGCACUACUUGAAUUAGUUGCUUUUGGAGCUGCAUUUGCAGUUGUUUUGAGUGCUCGUAUAAUUUCAGCCUUAUUGGGAGUGAACGUAUUCUAUUUAGGUAAUAAAUACCUUUAUGAUUUAGAUAGCUUUAUUUAUUUACCUAUUUUGUAUUCUGUCUUUAAGUUUUGCUUUGUGGUCACGUUUCUCGUAUAAUCAUUAACAGUAGUGAUAUUUUCUAAAUUUUCACAUUGGAUAUUCCCUUUAGUUUUAGUAUAAUAUUAAUUUCUAAUUUAAAUAGAUAGCAUCAUUGUUUGUAACUCUAAUAUUGUAAGUAAGUCGAUUGAUUUUGAUGAUUGGAGGAAAAGUAAGUUCAAUUUCAAGAUGUUUUGAUACAAAUUGGAUAUUCAAAGUAUUGGCUCCUGAGAAUUGGUAAAAGGUAUGUUUAUUUAAAUUAUAUUUAUAUAGAGUUAUCAAUUUACAAGAAAUAUGCUUUAUCAAUUUUUGAAUAUCUUUGAAGAACUUAAUCCAGAAUACAAAGAAUUUAUAUAGAAAGGUUUUAAGUAUCAAAAGUAAGUAAUUGAAUUGAAAGAGGAUAUAUAAUGGGCUAAAGAUUUCAUUAAAAGAUCAAUAAUAGAAAAUAACGAUAUUUAAGGCAAUCCUUCAUCUAACAAAUAAUCUCUUGUCAUAUAAUAAUGA